UACAUGCUGCAAAAUAUGAACCUGAGCGUCGAUCCUUGUGACAAUUUUUACGAAUUCGCUUGUGGUAAUUUUGAUGAUCUGAAUUCUUCGGCUAAACGUAAUAGAUAUUAUGAUAAAGGGAAUGAUGUCAUUGCUUCGAGGAUGGAAAUUACAGAAUACUUUUAUGAAGAUGAUACAAAGUUCUUAAAUGAAAUAAUAUCAAAAUUAGGCGGAUGGCCAGUCCUUGAAGGAAAUAAGUGGAAUGAAACUAAUUUUUAUUGGGAAAAGCAUAUCGAAAAAGCGACAAGUAUUGGUCUCACCAAUAAUGAUUUUUAUAAGUUAGGUAUAGAUCGGAUCGAUGGAGUUGUAAAAUUCACAGUAUAUCCACAGGUAACAGAUUCUUCAACAAUUGAUCCAUCUAUCGACAUAUUAUCAAAUGCUAACUUUAAAUUCAUGUCUGAUGUCGCAAUAUUCCUGGGGGCUGAUAAAAACCAAACCAAAGAGCUUAAAUUAUCAUUAGAGUUCGGGCAUGAUAUUUAUAAAUAUUAUCACAACAAAAGCCAUUUUAUAGAUAAUAAUAAGCUUCUGGAGAUGUCAGUGAAAGAAAUGAUAGAGAAAUGGCCCAGUAUAGACUGGAUAAAAUCUUUAAGUUCUGACACAAAGCCGUACUAUAAUUUUACAAAUGAAACAAAUGUUCAUAUAGAAUUUCCAAAUUUUAUCACUCACGUUGAGAAAUUGUUAAAUAAAACGCCUAAAAGGGUUCAAGCCAAUUACUUGAUUUGGAAUUUGAUCCAGUUUGCGAUUCCGUACAUAAAUUCUAAUACGCUUUUGCACUAUAGUCAACCUAAUAGAAGAUUUUUUUUUUUUCCAAUUAAAAUUCUCCAAUUUGAUUGCAUGAAACUUGUUAAACUUCAAUUGAAACCUCUUCUGCGGGCUUAUUAUAUUCGAGAGUAUCCAGUUGAUAAGCGUACUAAAAGUGAGGUUUAUGCGAUUUAUUCUAAUGUAAAGAAUAAAUUGAUUGAAAUUAUAAAUUCUUCACAAUGGCUCGAUAACAACUCUAAAAUUGAAACUAUUAAUAGAGUAGCCUCUAUUAAAACGGUUAUUGGUUAUCCAGAUGAAUUACUGAAUAAUGAUGAAUUAAAAAAUUACUUUGAGGGUCUUGAGAUUACUCGGGAUAAUUUUUUUAAAAAUUAUCUCAAUGUGAAUUUGUUUAAUAGUAAGUUAAUAAAAGUUCGAUCAUUCAUACCAGUAAGUUCUGCUAAACUUGGUAUUGAUUUAUUUACAUUCAUGUAUAAUGACUUCAACAACGCUAGAUAUAAUAAACUCAAUAAUUUCAUAGUUGUUUCAGUUGAAUUACUCAGGAAUAACUUUUUUGAUGUUGACUUUUUCAAUUACUUGAAUUAUGGAGUAAUCGGUGAAAUCAUCGGUCAUGAAUUAAGUCAUGCCGUAGAUAGCGGAACUAGAUUUUUGGAAAAGACUGGGUUAAAAUAUAAAUGGAGUAAUUCAUCGAAUGAUAGAUAUCAAAAUCAGGAGACUUGUAUGAUCAAUCAAUAUCAAAACUAUUUUACCGUAAAUAAAAUUAAGCUCAACGCUACAAAACACUUAGCUGAAAAUAUUGCCGAUAAUAUUGGAAUAAAAAUGGCUUACUUGGCCUACCAAAAUUGGGUCGCUCAAAACGGUCAUGAGCCAAAUUUACCCGGACUGUCGUACACACCCAAUCAAUUAUUCUGGAUAUCAUUCGCUAAUCAAUGGUGUCAAUCAAAAUCAAUAUUAUCGAAUUUAGACGACAAGGACUUUCAUGCUCCUAAUGAUAAACGAGUGAUUGGACCGCUUUCAAACAGCAUAGAGUUUUCAAAAGAUUUCAACUGUCCCGUUGGAUCGAACAUGAAUCCUUUAAACAAGUGUGCUUUUUUCUGAAAAUAUCUGUUGUGGU